AUGUGGUCCGAGUAUCCAAGAUUUGACAGCUGUGGUUUUGAUGAAACAUGCUGUGAAACUGUGUCUACUGCUCUACAAUCAUCAAACUCCCAUCUGACAGAGCUGGACCUGAGUAGCAAUCACCUGAAGGAUUCAGAAGUGAAGCUGAUCUAUGAUGGACUGAAGAGUUCAAACUGUCGACUAAACAUACUGAGGCUGUGUGGGUGUCAUCUUACUGAUCUGUCCUGUGAAAGUUUGUCUUCAGCUCUACAGUCCCCAAACUCUGUCUUGAGAGUGCUGGAUCUGAGUAACAAUAACCUUCAGGAUUCUGGAGUGAAGUGUCUUUUUGAUGGACUGAAGAAUGCAACCUCCAAGCUGGAGAUGUUGAGAUUUUCCAUUUGUAAUCUCACUGCUCAAUCUUGUGAGACUUUGUCAUCAGUUUUGAAAUCCUCAAACUCUGUCCUGAGAGAACUGGACCUGAGUAACAAUGACCUGCAGGAUUCUGGAGUGAUGCUUCUUUCUGAAGGACUAAAGAGUCCAAACUGUCAGCUGGAGAUACUGAGGUUGUCUGGCUGUAUGGUGACGGAGAAAGGCUGUCAUUAUGUGUCUUCAGCUUUGAGUUCAAACCCCUCACACCUGAGAGAGCUGGAUCUGAGCUACAAUCACCCAGGAGAUUCAGGAGUCAAGCUGCUUGAAAAUAAGGAGGAUCCAAACUGCUCACUGGACAAACUCAAUGUGGAUCAUGGAGGAGAAUCCAGGAUUACAGCAGGACUGAAGAAAUAUGCCUGUUUUCUCACACUGGAUCCAAACACAGCAAACAAACAACUCAGUCUGUCUGAGGAGAACAGAAAGGUGACAAAUAUGAUGGCGUAUCAGUUGUAUCCUAAACAUCCAGACAGAUUUGAUGAAUAUCGUCAGGUGUUGUGUAGAGAGAGUGUGUGUGGACGCUGUUACUGGGAGAUUGAGUGGAGUGGAGAUUAUGUUUAUAUAUCAGUGUCAUAUAAGAGCAUCAGCAGGAAGGGACGGGGUAAAGAGUGUUGGUUUGGAUGUAAUGAUCAGUCCUGGAGUUUGAUCUGCUCUCCCUCUGGAUAUGCAUUAAUACACAAUAACAUACAGACUGAUCUCCCUGUGAAGCGCAUCAGCAGUAGAAUAGGAGUGUAUGAUGAUGAUGAUGAUGAUUAUAUCAGUAGAAUAGGAGUGUAUGUGGAUGUGAGUGCAGGAACUCUGUCCUUCUACAGCAUCUGCAGAAACACAAUGAGUCUCAUCCACACAGUCCAGACCACAUUCACUCAGACGCUCUAUCCUGGGUUUUUUGUUUUUCCUGACUCAUCAGUGAAACUGUGUUGAUGAAUCAGAAUAGACUGAUGAGUGAUUCUACCCAUAAUGCUUUGAGCUGCAUAAUGAAUCAGUAACAGUGAGA